AUGGAGUCGUUUAUUGAAAAACUACCUUAUGAUAUCCUUUUCAUGUUCUCGAAGCUCCUCGAUAUUUCACCCCAGGCUGGGUUGAUCGCCUUCCCGUUCAACCGCUUUGCACUUGCGCGUUGUUCCAGAUAUUUAUACACCAUGUUAUGGGGACCAUAUGCAGAUGGUGGGAUUGAGAUUUAUCUGCGGAGCCAGGGCACAUUGUUCCCCUCGAGUGGUGGGACUCCGGAGCCUCGAUGGCCUGAUGGAAUCAGAGGCCAACAUGCCCGACUCAGGCAUCUCCAAAACCAGUCUCAGGUUACCCUGCCACCAUCAAAUACAGAAAAAGGACACAACUACUUUGCAGUUGAUUUGUUAGAUCAAGACAGCGAUGUUAUUAUAAUGCACUAUUUGACUCCGUCAAGGUGGGUCUUGCUAGUCCAAGAGCAGACAGGAGUAUGCUGGAUCGCUUGGGGAACCUGGAUGAUCGGAACAAACAGGUCGGAGAUAUACGAAGCGGGGGAUUGGCUACACAACUGCAAAUGUGAAACCAGGUGCCUUGUCUCGGAGCCACAAAACGGAGAUCCUUGGACUAAGUGGUCUGAAACCUUCGAUCGUACAUCGCUAAUGGAUUAUCAGAGCUGUGGGGAACUUAAGCUGUAA